AUGGCUAGCAGUAGCAUAAACUCCUCAAUUUCACCUUUCAGAAAUCACUAUUAUGAUGUCUUUGUGAGCUUCAGAGGUGAAGACACUCGCAACAAUUUCACUGAUUUUCUUUUUGGCGCCCUCCAAACACAAGGCAUUCUCGCAUUUAGGGAUGACACUAAUCUUCCAAAAGGUGAAUCCAUUGCACCCGAGCUCCUUCAUGCAAUCCAACACUCUCACAUUUUUGUUGUUGUCUUCUCAACGAACUAUGCUUCUUCAACUUGGUGCUUACAAGAAUUGGAAAAGAUAUGCGAAUGCGUUCAGGUGUCUGGAAAACACGUUCUUCCUGUUUUCUAUGAUGUUGAUCCUUCUGAGGUCAGACAUCAAAAAGGAUUUUAUGCCGAAGCCUUUUCCAAACAUGAACACAGAUUCCAACAUGACUCUCUGAUGGUGUCAAGAUGGAGACAAGCUCUAACACAAGUGGCAAAUCUCUCUGGUUGGGAUCUACGUGAUAAGCCACAAUCUGCAGCAAUGAAAGAGAUUGCUCAAAAGGUAAUUAAUAUAUUGGAUUACAAAUCUUCAUGUGUUUCAAAAGAUUUAGUUGGUAUGGAUUCUCCUAUCCAAGAAUUAGAAAAGCUUUUACUUUUGGACUCGGUUCAUGAUGUUCGUGUCGUAGGAAUUUGUGGGAUGGGAGGAAUAGGGAAGACAACUCUUGCUGCUGUUUUAUAUGAUCGGAUCUCUCAACAAUUUGGUGCAUGUUGUUUUAUUGAUGAUAUAAGCAAAAUUUAUAGACUACAUGAUGAUAGUCCACUUGGUGCACAAAAGCAAAUUCUAGAUCAAACUCUCGGACAAGAGCACCAUCAGAUAUCCAAUCAUUACAACGCAACUAAUCUGAUACGACGCAGGCUAUGUCGCCAAAGGGCCCUUAUCAUUCUGGAUAAUGUUGAUCAUAUUGAACAACUAGAAAAAUUAGCUGUGCAUCGUGAAUGGUUAGGUGCCGGUAGUAGAAUCAUUAUCAUUUCUAGAGAUGAGCAUAUAUUGAUACAGUAUAGGGUGGAUGCAGUUUACAAAGUUCCUCUCUUGGAUUCUAUUAACUCUCUUCAAUUAUUGUGUCGAAAAGCUUUCAAACUUGAUCACAUUUUGAAUAGUCAUGAAGGGUUGGUUAAUGGUAUACUACAUUAUGCCAAUGGCCUUCCACUAGCAAUUAAAGUAUUGGGUUCAUUUUUGUAUGGUCGAGAUGUAUCUGAAUGGAGCAGUGCAUUGGCAAGAUUGAGAGAAAGUCCAGAAAAAAAUGUCAUGGAUGUGUUGCGAAUAAGUUUUGAUGACCUAAGGGAGACAGAAAAAGAAAUAUUUCUUCAUAUUGCUUGUUUUUUCAACAUGCAUACGGAGAAAUAUGUUAAAAGUGUGUUAAAUUGUUGUCAAUUUCAUGCCGAUAUUGGAUUAAGGGUUCUCAUUGAUAAAUCACUUGUAAGCACCAAACAUGGAAGGAUUGUAAUGCAUAAUUUGUUGCAAGAGCUAGGCAGAAAUAUUGUUAAAGAAAACACAAGUAAAGAGCCCAGAAAGUGGAGAAGGUUGUGGUUCGAGAAACAACUCAACGAUGUUAAGUUGGAAAAUAUGGAAAAAAAUGUUGAAGCCAUAGUUUUGGAUCAUGAUUAUGAAGAAUAUAGUGAGGUUGAUAAAGAUAUGGAUGCAGUGAUACUCAUGGAUGCAGUGAUAUUCGAAGACUUUUCCAAUCUUAGACUGCUCAUCCUUGAUUAUGUGAAUGUAUCAAGAAGUCUCAAUUGUCUUUCUAACGAAUUGAGAUAUAUUGAGUGGAGUCAUUAUCCUUUUAUGUAUUUGCCAUCAAGUUUUCAACCAAAUCAACUUGUUGAGUUGAUAUUGAAGUCUAGCAGCAUCAAACAACUCUGGGAAGGCAAGAAGUAUCUGCCUAAAUUGAGAAUUUUGAAUAUGAGCCACUCCAAAAAUCUAAUAAAGAUGCCAGAUUUUGGAGAGUUCCCAAAUCUCGAGCGGUUAAAUCUGAAAGGAUGUAUAAAACUUGUGCAGUUGGAUUCAUCUCUUGGGCUUCUAAGAAAGCUUGUUGACUUGGAUUUAGAAUAUUGCGGAAGUCUAGUAAGCAUACCCAACAACAUAUUUGGUCUCAGCUCUCUUAAAUAUCUAAAUAUGCAUGGAUGUUCUGGUUGUUGUUUCAAAGAGUUUAACAAUACAAGGCAUUUGGAUAUAAGUGAAACUGCUUCACAUUCCCAAUCAACGUCUUCCAUCCGCAAGUGGGCCAUAAACACUUCCUUGCUUCACACUCCCUCAAUAAAUACGCCUAUGUUUCCUUCCUUCCUUAGCAAAUAUUGUUUACGUGAACUUGAUAUUAGCUGUUGUGGUUUAAGCCAAGUCCCUGAGGCUAUUGGAUUUUUACGUUGCUUAGAAAUGUUAAAUGUCGGGGGGAACAAUUUUGUAACACUGCCUAGUCUUAGGGAGCUUUCCAAACUUGUAUAUUUGAACUUGGAGAAUUGCAAGUGUUUGGAAUCUUUGCCUGAGCUUCCUUUUCCUACUACUAUCAAGAAGGAUCUUCGAAAGAACAAAUAUAUGUGGAGAACAGGAUUGUUCAUUUUGAACUGUCCUAAAUUAGGCGAUAGGGAACGAUGGAGUAUAAUGACAUUUUCAUGGAUGACACAAUUCAUUCAAGUGAACAAAGAAUUCUUUGAUAUUGGUAUUGUCAUUCCAGGAAGUGAAAUACCAGCUUGGUUCAAAGAUCAGAGUGUUGGUAGUUCAAUACGUGUAUCUCCUUUUAUGCAGGACAAGGGCAAUAAUGUCGUUGGCUUUUUAUGUUGUACAGUAUUUUCUUUAGUACCUUAUCCACCAAAAGUGACAAGAUUUCCUGAAUGGAUAGAAUCGGUACAUAUGAAACUGCAUGCACCGUUAAGAACCACUACAUAUCUUCCAAUAAUUGCUAAUGAAGAUGUUGUUACUGUCAAAUCAAAUCACAUAUGGCUAAUCUAUUUUCCUUGGAAGUCAUCUUCUCGUGCUGUGUAUGAUCAUUUCCGUGUUGGAAUUGUUAGAAAUAGAAGCUUGGAUGUGGAGGUGAAGAAAUGCGGGUAUCGUUGGGUAUAUGAACAAGAUCUACAAGAGUUCAACUCAACAACAAUACAUCCUGAGAAGAUGUUAGCUCUGAAGCGCAAGUUUUGGGAAAUUGAAGAUGAGGCACAACCACAACCACAGCUACACUCGUUCAGAUCAUGA